UGCCCGACGCUCGUAACCUUGUCCCUUUUGGAUGCUGCCUGCCUGGUUUGGGUGUUGUGUCAGUGUGUAACGAAAUGCCCAUCUCCAGCCCCAGAGCUGAGCCGUGCAGGGCUCGAUGUGGAUCCGGUGCUGAGGAAAGGCAGCAUUCCCGGUGGGCCUGGUGAUUGGACAGCCAGAUGACCUGAUUCGGUUGUUAUGCUGUGUAAUCUGGAGCAGACUGCUUGUUUUCUCUCUCUGCUGCUUUCUCCAUUUAUAAGAUACAGGUGCUAACACUUAGGGCUGGUUGGAAAUGCAGGAAAGAAGCAGAUUUUUCAGUUAUUGAAACGGCUUUUGCUUAUCCUUGUUAGACUACACAUUAGACUGAUCUUGCUCUGUAAACUGCUUCUCAAGGUGGUGGCUGAAAACAGAGCAGAUUUUUAUUAGCUGCUUUGCAAAACAGAAAUUACGAGGGGGAUGACAACACUGAAGCUUGCCCUAGGCAAAAAGGGGAAAGAGGAUGUUGGGCCAGGCUAAUUGGGGCCAUACCUCUUCAGACUGGAAUGAGUCUGGACUGAAUAUUACCCAUCCAAACAGGUUUUAGAGCAAGAGGAGGAGCCCAAGACUGGCUGGAACUAAUUUACUCAUUUCCCUCCCAAAGGCUGACCCGAAGACCUGUAUCAAGGAGUUGCACAAGGGGAGGAGACAGAAACUGGAAGCUCUCUGAAUGUGCUGCCCGCAGAGUUGAGGCUUCUCUGGGGACUCUAGAUGACUUCCCACAAGAGAUGCUUUCAGGAGGGGUUUUGCUGAAGACAGAGCACUGCAGCGUCUAACUGGGACAGCUCCUGCUGGUCUGGAGCUGAGACCAACUUCCCUCCCUCCCUUUUCCCUUGGAGAUGUUGCAGAGAUUUAAUCUGACCUCUUCCAGCUCACCUGAAGCCUGCCGUGGUGAUGAUCCCACAGCCAGAUCCGACCACCAAAGAGAAGAGAAUCGUGCGUUUGAAGCUGGGCCGUCGUUGUAACUGAACUGGAAUUUGCUCCCUGCUUGUGCUCCUGCAACGAGUGCCCUCCUUCUGCUUGUCUGUGUGUGUUUUGAGCCACUUCUCCCUGAUCUUCUUUGGAAUUCCUGAGCUUUUCACACUGAAUUUGCCCAUGGCUUUCCUGAUGAAGAAGAAGAAAUUCAAGUUUCAGACAAGUUUCACUCUAGAAGAGCUGACUGCCGUCCCCUUUGUGAAUGGGGUCCUGUUCUGCAAAAUCAGGCUGCUGGAUGGAGGAGACUUUGCUAGUUUAUCUACCAGAGAGGAAGUUCAGGAAAACUGUGUCCGCUGGAAAAAGAAAUUCACCUUUGUGUGCAAAAUGAGUGCCAACCCCGCCACAGGACUCCUGGACCCCUGCAUCUGCCGAGUAUCUGUCCGUAAGGAGCUGAAGGGCGGAAAAACCUACUCAAAGCUGGGCUUUGCUGAUCUAAAUCUGGCAGAAUUUGCGGGCUCUGGAUCCACUGUCCGUUGCUGCUUGCUGGAAGGAUAUGAUACCAAGAACACCCGACAGGACAACUCCAUCCUAAAGGUCACCAUCGGAAUGUCCCUGCUCUCGGGGGACCCCUGCUUCAAAACGCCUCCUUCCACCGCCAAAUCCAUCACCAUACCAGGGCAGGACUCUACCCUGCAGCUGACCUGCAAGGGAGAGGGAACCACAAGCAGCAGCAGUUCCUCCACAAUCGGCUCUCUGCGCCAGACCAAGCCAAGAACUGCCAUUCUCAGCUCGGGUGUCCCAGAAGAACCGGAUCAGAACCUGUCCAGCCCAGAGGAAGUUUUCCACUCAGGGCACUCGCGGAACUCCAGCUACGCCAGCCAGCAGUCCAAGAUCUCUGGUUACAGCACGGAGCACUCCCGCUCCUCCAGCAUGUCCGACCUGACCCACCGCCGGAACACGUCCACCAGCAGCAGCGCGUCCGGAGGGCUCAGCAUGACGGUGGAGUGUCCUGAGGGAGAGCGGGACCACAAACUAGAGAAGCCACCUCGCCCCCCCAGACCGGCCCUUCUGCUGGACAGACCCUCCCGAAGGAAAAAGGAUUCAGUGGAGAGUCACCCAACCCGAGUGGAUGACACCAGGAUCGAUGCUGAUGAUAUAGUGGAGAAAAUAAUGCAGAGCCAGGACUUCACAGAUGUCAGCAAUACUGAAGACAGUAACCUGAGGUUGUUUGUGAGCAGGGAUGGAACAACUACGCUGAGUGGAAUUCAGCUGGGAAACAGGGUCUCGUCUGGAGUUUACGAGCCAGUGGUGAUUGAAACCCACUAAAUGUGAAGAACAGGGUAGAGCUGCUGGACACAGGCCCCCUACCCAGUCCGCUGCCACAUGGAUGCCAACCUUUACCUCUCUUCAUGCAGCAUUCCAGAAGGGAUUUCUCCAUGCCCCUCCCCAUACGUUUGCACUGCAGAACUACUCCAAGACCACUCCAGAACAUGCACUUUCCCUGCAUUGGCAUUAUCCUUCUCUGCUUCCUGGUCCUUCCAGUGCCUGCCUUCCCCCUGUUCCUGCUGAGAUGCAAGGUGUCUGUGGGGCUUAUCCUUGGGCUAGUCCCGGAGGAUGUUGCUCGUGUCCAUCCCUCACUCCACCCAUUCACUUGCAGCGGGGGACUUCUCAGCUUCUGUCUCCCCAAAACAUUGGGUUAUACCACUGUGAACUCUUCAAACCACUGGGGGAGGGGGAAGCCAUUCUAACCAAACCCAGAGCUGCUUGUUGGGGACAUGGUGACACGGCCACUUGCAGGAUGCUUUAUUCCAUUGACUCUGCAAGGGAACGUCACCUCCCAGGGCAAUGGUUUUACUGAACAAGGUAUGCUGUGGUGUACACCUCAUCUUCCUACCCUCACAUCCCCAAACAUCAUCUUCUCAUAGGAAAUACUUCCCAAAAGUGCAUUUCAGAAAAAUUCCGCAAUCCAGCUGGGAGUUGAUGAACGGUUAAAUGCGAGUGCUCGUCACACCACUGACUGCAGUAGCCCUUCCACUGCUGGGCAUGGAAGGGAAUGGUCAUCAACUAGCAUUAGCAGGAGCACUUUAGAGGUUACAGAUUUUACCUGGAGGAGGCUUCUACUCAUUAUUCCAGGAGCAUAAUCCAGAUUUGCUGGACUGAUUCAGCAAAUAGUGCUGUUGGAGCUUGGAAUACAAAGCCUCUCUUUUUCGGGGUUUUUGUUUUUUUUUUUUGGCUCAGGAAGGGAACUGCCCUUCUUGGACUGUGAAAAGAAUAUGGUUCUCUGACAGCCCUCCCCUGGGCCAGAGCAGGGUGCAGUUGACUGCAGUGGUCUCUCUGUUGUGGUGGUGAUGUCGAUUGCCUCUCUUGGCCUGGGCCAGUAAGGGGUUCGGUGUUGGUUGGCCUUUCUUGCCCUGUCAGCAAAGAUCUGUGUCUGAGCUGGUUCCUUCUGGGGCUGGGGAGAAGCCACUGUCUCUGCCUUCAAGGGUAGAAUGGGUGUUUGCUGCUGCAUUAGCCACAGCAGCUGUUCUUACCUGCUCCGUGGCGAGUGAACUCUUCUGACAAGGCUUCAAACUGUUCUCUGGUCGAUCUUUCAAUUGCUCUUCUUUGGGUUUGGUUUCUGCAGUUGUUCAACACUUUAGCUGCCUCUUUUCCUUGCAGUGUGUGGCUGAGAUGUCUCUCCCUUUCAGCUCCCACUCGGAGAUCCUCCCGGCAGCCGAAUUGCCGGCGAGGAUCCGCGCAGCCCCCGCCGUGGGCCGGCAGCGGGCUGUGCUUGCAGCCCUUCCUGUACAGAGCCUCUCAGCUGAUAAGCUAUUUCUGUGUAGUGCCCAUUCCUCUUUUGCCAGUGUACUGUGGUAGCACUCGACAGCCGUGCCCUCGGAGCAAUUCCACGCUGGUGGGCUUGGCUGGGGUGUGCCCUCCUCUGACACACACGUGUUUUGUGUGUGUGUGUGCACAUGUACAGACACACACUCGUCCUGCUCAGAAAGGAAAAGCUUGUAACUGAUCACGUCUCUCAAAUUCUUAGUUAUUUUAAGCCUUUUUUUUUUUUUUUUUUGAAGGAGAAAAAACAAACAAACAAACAAAAAAAGGAUUAAUUGUGGUCUCUGUGGCCAGAAUGCAUGCAGAUGAGCUACAGGAAAAGGGAAUUUGGCAGAAUGAGAAACAAGGAAUGAAAGGGCCUUGAUGUAUCAUUUUUUUUUCACCCUCCUAGUUAAGGAUGCUGCAUGGGGAGUGCAUGGGUGCUCAGCAGUGUGGCAAAGCUGUACAACUGCUUACUCUGUUUUGAAAGUUUCUCGCUUUAAGAGGUUUCUUUCUGUAUUUGGACAGACCACAUAUAGGAUAUGCAUCUUUUUCACCCUCUCCCUUCAAGGGGAAGUAAAUUUGAAUUAGGGUAAGAAGAGAGUACAGCCAACACCUUGGUUUGCUUUAAUGUAGGGAAAACGUGUUGAAUCUUGAGUCUGUUAGGAACAAAAGCUCUUUCACACUUGCUGGUGUUUUUUAGUGGUGAUCCCUUCUUCAUUCAGCCUGGGUAGGUUUAGCACUUGCCAGCAGGCUGCUGAGCAUCCUGCCCUGUUCCUGGGGUGCUGCGUGUCUGCAGGAAGGAGAGAACUGCUUGCUUUUCUCUCUCCCUGGGGCUCUGCCAGAAAGCCAGGCCUGGCCUGACCCUCUGCUCAGGUCAGGGUGAGGGCAGAAGGAGGCUCAGACAGCAGUGGGUGUUCCUGCCCUGUCUGUGGCUGGCUGUGCAGAGCUGAGGGUCAGCACAGAGCCCCUGCUACUCCUCAGGGGCCAGCGAAGCCCCUCGAGGAAAUCAGAUCCAACUGCGACUUGAAAAGAGCAAACAUAAUCCAGGAAAGAGGCCAAAACCCAGUUCACUUCGGCUGCAUUGCUUCUGUUCCCAUGAAAAACAAUGGCAGUCACUGUCAGAGCAGUUGGGAUUCUUCUGGCAUUCUUCUGGCCUCCACUGGCAGGAGUCGGCUGCUCCGAGACACUGGCAGCUCGGCAUGUCACGAAAUCUCCAGCGAGGCAGUGGGAGGAAUCUCUUCCCAGCAAAGCAAGAGGAGAAGCUUUUUGGAGCUUUUUGGGAAGCUGGUCUCAUCUCCCCAGGCUGGCAGAGGCGUAACCUGCUCCAUCACGUCGCUGUGGCCAACCUGGGGCACGUCUUUGGCUUCUCUUCCCUGUGGCUUGGCACAUCGCUGCUUGCAUUUUGAUGGCUGUGUCUCAUAGGAUAUCUCUUCCUUGUCUCCGUGUUAUUGUUGAUUCCACAGAUCCUGGUCUUUAUGUGGCUUUUUAGCUCUCCUACCCCUCGUUCUGGAUGAGAAAGCAGUCCUAGUCAUCCAGCCUGGCUCAGGGCUGGAGCACCCAGAGCAGACCCCGAGGGAGGAAGAGCAGCAUGAGCAGUGCCUGGUGGUCCCUGGCUGGCCAUGGGCAUCCGAGGUGGUGGUGGCCGUGGGGUCACUGGUCCCACACAGUCUCUGCUGUCUCGGGAAGCUGCGUCUCGUGAGCACUUUUUUUCCUUGUGGCAUCGCUGCCGCCUGUUCCUUGUUGGACUUUGAACAUUUAAGAAGUGAAUCAGUUUCCAGACCCAAACCGCUGGCUAGUUUCCUUUGGGUUUUUCUCUUUUUCUUUUUUUGUUGUGAAGUUUAUGGAUUUUUUUUUUUCUUUAUGUAAACCCAGCAGGCUGGUGUUUUUUUGAACUGCAUUAUUGUUUCAUUGAUAUUUUAUUUCAAGGGGGCUAAGGGUGGGGGGGGGAAACACGUUCUUCCCCACAUUGUUCCCCUUCUCAGGGGAUUCAGAGGUGGCUUAAACAAGUAAAAGGACCUUAUUGGUGAGGCUUUGCAUCCCCUGGGUCUUUGAUGCUGAUGAGCAGGGCUGCUCAUGCCUGGCUGGCUCUGGAGGGCAGAGCUGGCUCUCUGCUCCAGUCUGGGGGGGCCAGGCAAAAUGUGUGGGCUCUGCUCUCCCAGUUUCUGGACCUUUAGUUGGUGGAAGCCCAUUGCAAAGCAUUAGGAAAUUCAGUGUAACUUUUUUUACUAACUUUUCUUUUUUAAAACCGGUAUAAAACUGAUUGAAUGUCCAAAAGAAUAGGCUUAGCCGCGACUUGGUGAAGGAGAUGGGUUUCAAUUGGAAAUUGUGAUUGGAAAAAGGGGGAGAAGGAUGUUGCUCCUCCAUCAUCUUCUGUGUGGUCAGCACCUUGAGCGGGGGCCUCGUGCUGUCCUGACCCUUGGAGCGAUGGGCAGCAGGCGUGUGAUUUCUCCCCCCCCUCGUUGCCACAUCACUUUGCCCCCUGCAGAAAGUUAACAAGCCCUUUUAAACGUUUGCUUCAGUUUUUAGAGGGUUCCAAACCAGGCCGAGACCUGAAGAAAUAGGUAUUUCAUUCUCAUCUGAAUAGGAGGGGUUGACUUUUUUUUUUUUUUUUUGGUUAAUUUAUUUUGUCGUUGCUGUUUUCUUUUUAAACCCGUGGCAGUGCAGCUGGGCUCUGCACUGCCGCCGGGAUCCUCUGGGAAAACCUCACUCCAGGUACGCUAGAGCACCUCGGAUAAACCCCCUCCUGGCGAGGGGUCCCCUUCCCUCCUCGCUGCCUUACCCGGGGGCUGCAGACCCCUCUCUGCCCCUCCUGCCCCGUCCCUGCUGCCCCACCCGGUCUCUAGCUGAGUUCUUGCCCCGGUGACUGAGCCCUGUGGACAAGGCCGGUCCCCAGGGACAAGUUCCUACAAACACUGCCUGGUCGCAGCUGUUUGUCCUUUGAAAAGCCACUUCCUCGCUGUGGGGGGGGGGGAUGAUGAGUGCAGAAUUCCCCCACACUCCCCUCCUGAGAGCUGUGCCCAUCAGUCCCCCCCAUCCCGUGCCAUCCAAGCCCACUGCCCUCCACAGUCGCCCCCGCCCCGCUGGGGGAUGUGGAAACCUGGGAAAUGAAAAGGAAUUUGGGUGAAGCUCCGAGCGAGGGGCGCGGCUGAGCCUCGGGACCUGCCUCUGAAACACAAGGAGUAACGGCAGAGCCCAUAUUUUUGUGGGGGGAGGGAGGGAGGGGGCAAGAAGGGGGAGAUGGUGUUUUAUUUUCUUGAAAGUGAAUUGAGCUUGGUGACCUUCGGCUGAGGCGCGCACUCGAUUUGUAUCAGAUUCUAUAAGAGAGAUGGCUGAUAUUUUUGGAAAGGGAAUGGGUCUAUGCAAACUUCCAAAAUUGCUUGAAAAGAUAGUUUAACAUUUUUUUUACUUUGAAAUCUAAAGAUGAAUCUAACUUUUUUCUUAAAGCAGAAGUGCGUUUAGAAAGAGAAGCUACUUCCACUGCUCUAUUUUGAUGAUGAUUCUUGGAAAGUUUGGGCUGGAGGGAAUGACUAUUUUUCACCAUUUUUAUCUUGCUCCUCUAGUUUUUUUGUUUCUUUUUUUCUAACGGAAUGCUGUGCCGUCUUUGAUUCAACAGAUCGUGUUUGUAUUUUCUGUAUCUGGUUCCUAACGUAGAGAAAUAACAAAUAUAUGAGGAAAUCAAUAUAAUGUCAAAUGUUGUUAUGGUUUGGGGGGGAAAAAAAAUAAAGGUUUUUGGUACUUCACA